AAUGCCGCCGCAGAGCCUCCGAAUCGAUACACCGCGCGUUACGUGCGUCAGCCAAUAGUAGGACGGCGGGAGGGGAGCGGCGACGACAUCGUCAGUAGAGCGCCGCGGGCCGAGCGGAGCGGUCGUGCGGCAUGACGUGGUGACGGUAACGUUGAGAUGACUGCGUGGACGGAGGAGGUGCUGUCCUGGCGAGACGAGCUGGGCAUCACCGAACUACAUACCAACCGGAGGAAGAACAGAACCGCGCCGUAUAGACUGCACCGGCCGCACCUUGCGAGUCACGUGCCGGAGCCCGAGGUUCAGGGGACGCAUAUAUCGAGGCUGUACCCGGAACUGCUCGCUUUGAUCUUCGAAAGACUGCCGGUGAGGGAUAGAGGCAGGGCGGCUCAAGUGUGUCGCUCGUGGAGGGACGCCGCGGACAGGCGGUCCGUGUGGCGAGGUGUCGAGGCCGCCUUACAUCUUCGCAGGCCUGCCCCCGUUCUGUUCGCGUCGCUGGCGAGGCGAGGUGUGAGGAGACUACAGGUCCUGUCGCUCAGACGAGGACUAAGAGACGCGGUAGCAGCUCUCCCGGGCUUGGAGUCGCUGUCGUUGAGUGGUUGUUAUAGUGUUACGGACGCGGCGUUAGCGAGCGCCUUCGCCACAGAGUUACCGGCUCUUAAACGAUUGGAUCUGUCUCUGUGUAAACAAGUUACGGAUUCUUCUUUGGGGAGGAUAGCGCAGUCUCUGAAGAACUUGGAGGAACUGGAACUGGGAGGGUGUUGCAAUGUGACAGACACGGGACUGUUGUUGAUAGCAUGGGGGCUCAGGAAGUUGAGGAGGUUGAACCUCAGGUCGUGUUGGCAUGUCAACGACGACGGUAUAGCGCAUCUCUGCGGAGGCGGAGAGGCGAGAGGCACACCGGAGUUAGAGCAUCUAGGACUCCAAGACUGCCAGAGGCUGACGGACGAGGCGCUGAAGCACGCCGCUACAGGUCUUCCUAAACUGAAAUCCAUUAAUCUAUCUUUCUGCGUAGCCGUCACUGACGCCGGGUUACGACAUCUGGCGAGGUUACCUCACUUGGAGGACGUGAAUCUCAGAGCGUGCGACGGAGUUUCCGACGCUGGUGUUGCACAUUUAGCGGAGAGCGGCAGGCUGAGGGCUCUGGACGUGUCUUUUUGCGACAAAGUCGGUGACGAAGCCCUGUCUCACGCGACUCUCGGCCUGUCGGGUUUGAGAUGUUUAUCGUUGAGUGCGUGUCGCCUCACGGACGAGGGUCUGGAGAGGGUGGCUAGGUUAUCGCAAUUAGAGACACUUAAUAUAGGCCAAUGUACUCAAGUGACGGACCGGGGCCUGAGAGCCCUGGGGGAAGGUUUGAAGAACCUGAAGGCCAUAGACUUGUAUGGAUGUACGUGCAUAACUCACGAGGGUCUGGAUCACAUCGUGAAGCUGCCGAGGCUGAGUGUUUUAAACCUGGGCCUGUGGCAUGUGCGGUGACCGUUAAAAAACUUGUGAGUACGGACAUAUUAUAAGGGAACGGCCAUUUUGUUUUGUUAUACUGUGAUUUAAAAUUGUUCCGGCGGCUAGUCGAUGAGAAAUCCUAGAUCUUUUUGUUUAUCAUUCAACGUAAUACUAUUAAUGUUUCACGAAAAGGUCUGGCAUUUCGCUUAUUGCUCCAUUAGUUAAAUUAGUUAUUCAUUUAAUUGUUUUUAAUUCGACCUUAUGAUGCCACCGGUCCGCGGCGUGGCGUUGUUGUAAUCUAAUGUACUAUAAUGUAGAUAUAGCUCAUAAACGUACCUAAUUUUUAAUAUUUUUACAGUAAUCUUGUACAUUCCCGUAAUAUAGCAUUUUUCGUAUUUAUUAGUUAAUGCGAUUUGUAAGAUUUUUAAUAUCGUAUGAACUAUUUGCCAAAUAAUCUUAAUGUAUGAACAAACCGAGUCUGGUCAUAACUAUAAGUUACGUUUCAUUUCUCCCCGCCAUUUCUUAUAUUGUAAUUUUAUUUUUUCAUGUUUUUUUUUUUUUAUUAUUUCUGUGUAAGGUCGAAUUAAAAUGUCUCCUUUUUUUAUUAUUUGUUGUACAAAACUAUUGUAAUAUAGAUGAAUUGUAUUAAAAGUCAUUGUUUAAGUUGCUA